AUGACGGCGGACUUCGAAAUUAUGCCUGCUUCUCGACCACCACGUCCUCGUCGCUCUGCGCGACUCAAAGCCUUGCACACUUACUCGCGGAAGGUCGUACCCACCAUGGAACCCACCCAGCCACAUACCACUCGUGGGAAAGGGAAAGCUCGAGGAUCGCGAGUACGUUCGACCACUAGUACUUGUACUAGCGGUCAAGACCAAGUGCGCGCCCCCAAAUUCAGUGUCCAGUGGCAAGCUGACCCUAGGCGCACCGAAAAAAUCAUGGAACAUCUUCGCACACAUCCUGCUGACUGUCGCGUCCUAUUCUACUCUGACAAUAAGUCGCACGCUGACGGUGAUCGCCCCUCGGCCAAAGACAAGGUAUCCAUUUGCCAAAUCAUCGCAAAGUCUGUCUUUGAGAACGAUCCCGAAUAUGCGAACUACUAUCCCGACGAUCCUGAAAGAUUCCGUGACUCCACAAACAGCCAUAUCUCUGGGUGA